AUGUCUUUGAUUGACGAUUUCAUUGAAAAUUCGAAUGAUUUCAUAGCACCUUCAUAUGCUGGAAAUGGAAGCAGCUUUUUUUCAGAAUCGGAUGGCUUCGAGCCCUCAGAUCCAGUUCAUAUGUUGGAAACAGGGUUUGUCAGUGCUGGGCUGGCCGAAGACGAUUCUCGUAUUUUUACUUUAGAUCGUGUUCAGUUCCAGUUCCCUGCUCCUUUGUUAGCUAUGGCAGUAUCAAAUGAAAUUCUUAUAAUGGCACUGGAGAACAACCACAUUUUAAGAAUUGAUUUGCAACAAGCACACGACGUCGAAGACAUUGAGAUCCCACGUAAAUCUGGGGAAAUUAAAAUUUAUAAGAUAUUCUUUGACCCCACCGGUCGACAUUUACUCAUUACUACCGAGCAAGGGGAGAAUUUUUAUAUAUUCGAGAAAUGGAAGAGGGCUAAAGUACUCACCAAGUUUAAGGGUAUAAUAAUUGAGUCUGUGGGCUGGAAUAAAUCUGCCGGAUCUUCAUCUGACACCUCAACCAAAAAGAUUCUCGUUGGAAGUCGUAAUGGUAUAAUUUAUGAAGCUGAGAUAGAGCCAACAGAUGAAUAUUUUAAAAAAGAAGAGAAAUUCUGUAAACAGGUCUACUCUUUAAAUGAGAACCUUCCCGUCACCGGUCUUCGUAUCGAACAAUUUCCGGCUAGUCCGAGAAAAUAUCUAAUAGUGGCAGCAACUCCUACAAGAAUAUACCAAUUUAUAGGCAAUGCCAAUUCGACAGCGGAUUUGGAUGGCAGUUCUGUAUUUGAAAAUUUGUUAUCUAGAUAUGAGUCGAGUCCAGAUUUUCAAGAGCUUCCCGGAAAUUUGCCGUACAGUGAAUUACAUUUUUUUUCACAAUAUCAAGAUUUGCACUAUCAAGGAGUAGCAAAAAAUUUUGCAUGGUUAACCGGUCCUGGAAUUUAUCACGGUAAUCUUGUGUUUGGAUCUCAAGAUUUCGGUGAUCAUGUUAUUGACAGCGCCCAACUAUUCCCGUACCCUGCUACACCGUCAGAAACUGACCCUUCUACUUUGGUAUCAGAGAUCCCAUUAUCUAUAGCUCUCACGGAAUUUCAUUUCAUUUUACUAUAUAAGGAACGUGUUAGAGCAAUUUGUCAGUUAAAUGAUCAAAUAGUCUUUGAGGAUAACAUCCCGCUGAAACCCGGAGAGACCGUUCGGACGAUGACAGUGGAUAAUAUAAAGAGCACUUAUUGGAUUUAUACCGAUUGUUCAAUAUUUGAACUUAUAGUCACAAGGGAAGAUAGAGAUGUGUGGAAGCUAUAUUUGGAAAAGCAACAGUUUGAUAAUGCCUUACAAUAUUGCAUGAACGCGGCUCAACGUGACAAGGUUCUUACUACCCAGGCCGAUUAUUACUUUUCUCAAGGUCGUUUCCUUUUAUCUGCCAACUAUUAUGCGCAAUCUAUUGUACCGUUUGAAGAGGUUUCACUUAAAUUCGUCGAGCGAGACGAAAGGGAUGCGUUGAGAACUUAUUUGCUAAAAAAACUGGAAAAGCUUAGACGUCAGGAUUUGACGCAAAAAACAAUGAUAGCAACGUGGCUUGUUGAGAUAUAUAUUAGUAAAAUAAAUACAAUCGAGGAUUUGGCUGCAUCAAGCGCCAGUUCUGAAGACACCAGUAAUUAUAAGGCGGAACAAAGAGUGCUGGAAAAUGAGUUCAAAGAAUUCCUUGAUCAAUUUAAGGGCAAUCUAGACAAGCGAACAACGUAUAAUCUUAUCGCGAGUCAUGGGCGUACCGAUGAGCUUUUGUAUUAUGCUACUCUGAUUGGUGAUCACGAUAAAGUUAUUUCACACUGGAUUCAAGAAAGGAAUUAUAAGCAAGCUUUGGACGUGCUUAGCAAACAAGCGUCUGUUGAUGUGUUCUAUAAAUUUGCUCCUGUCUUAAUGGAGAAUGCGCCGUAUGAGACAGUUGAUGUUUGGAUGCGACAGACAAACCUCAAUCCUAGGAAUUUAAUGCCGGCAUUAUUAAAAUAUGAUCAUUCGAAUGCACCCGAAAAUAUCGUUCAAAACCAAGCAAUAAGAUAUUUGCAAUAUGUGGUACAAAAACUCAAAAACACUGACCCCGCAAUUCACAACUUUCUCCUCACCCUAUACGCUACUCAACCCACUACUGAUGAAUCUGAUUUGCUAAAGUUUUUAGCAAUAGAAGGAAAAGAACCUCAUUAUAAUAUGGACUACGCGUUAAGACUUUGUAGUCAACAUAAAAGAAUGCAAAGUUGUGUACAUAUUUACAGCAAUAUGGGAUUAUUUGAAGAAGCUGUUGAUUUAGCAUUGAAGCAAAAUGAUUUGGAACUUGCGAGAAUCAAUGCUGAUAAGCCAGAAGACGACGAAACACUGCGAAAAAAGUUGUGGCUGAAAAUUGCACGACAUGUUGUUGAAAAAAAACAAGACAUAAAAACUGCAAUGGACUAUCUGCAAUUAUGUGAGCUGCUCAAGAUUGAAGACAUUUUGCCAUUCUUUCCCGAUUUCGUCCUCAUCGAUGACUUCAAGAGUGAGAUUUGCCAAGCUUUGGAGGGGUAUAACAAAAACAUCGAAGAAUUAAAGGAAGAAAUGGAAGAAGCGACCAAAAGUGCCGAAAGCAUUCGCUCUGAUAUAAGAGAGCUGCGAUGUCGCUUUGCGAUCGUCACUUCUGAGGAAAAAUGUGCGAUAUGUGAUUUUCCACUUUUGACAAGACAAUUUUAUAUAUUUCCUUGUCAACAUGCUUUCCAUGCCGAUUGUCUAAUUAAGCAAGUUACCAAGAGUCUUAACACAUCUCAACUUCGUGGAAUACUUGAACUCCAAAAACAAAUUGAGAAGGAAUUGUCUAAUAUGAAUCAUUCGCCUGAUAACGCAGCACGCGCACGACCGCCCGCACAAGGUGGAUUUGAUCGAUUAAAAGGAUUGAUAUUACCCGAGGCGACAACUCAUAGUGGUGAUGAUGUUGCUGUGGUAGUCCCAAAAUUAGAUCAACUGAAGGAUGAGUUGGAUGAUUUGGUGGCAUCGGAAUGUGUGUUAUGCGGUGAAUUGAUGAUCAAAAAUAUUGAAAGACCUUUUAUUAACGAAGACGAAAAUGAUUUACUUGCAUCAUGGGCAAUUUAA